AUGAGCGAGAGUUUGGAGAAAGAGAGAGAAGGAACCUGCCUAGCAACGGAAGAGUCUAGAAGUAGCCGAGCGGAAAGGUGGGUACAGUCAGGGGAGGAGUGGGGAACAAGAUCGAAGGAAGGCAACGGCGGUGAACGUCAGAGGCGAAAUACGAGUGGAGAGAAGGGAGCGGGGAAGAGAGGAAGGCCCACGAAAGCGGAGCUGCUAGGAAGGGAAAGGAGGGAUAGUAGUGUAGUGAGCAUUCCAAGCUCGUGGUUCUCGAGAAGGGGCAGAGCGCGUGAGUCGGAAGAAAGUGAAGACGAACAGCAAGCCGCGAAACGAAAGAAGGAAGGAAAGGCAGGAAAAUCGCCAGAACAGCAGGGAGAUUCAGAGGAGAAGAAAAUGGCGAAUUUAGAGGAGAUAGAAAAAAUGAUGGAGAGACAACUGCAGCGGCAUAAGGAUGAUAUGAUGAAGAUGAUAAGAAGAGAAUUAAAAGAAGAGAUGAAUUUGGAUGAUAAAAAGGAGAUCAUGAUUAGGAGAAAUAAAUUGACAGGUACGAAAAUAUAUGUAGACGAUGAUCUAACGAAGGAUGAAAGAGAAAGACAGAAGGAGAUUAGAUUUUGGGCGAAGAGAGAGAAAGAGAGAGGUAGGCGAGUAAAAGUGGGCUUUGGGAAAGCGUGGAUGAAUGGAUUAAAGAGAAAAGACGAGGAUUUUUGGGAUUUUCUGAAAGAUUUCGAUGUGAUUGGUUUGAGUGAGACAUGGGUGGAAGAAGCUGGGUGGGGGAAGAUAAAAGAAAAAAUGCCAGAUGGGUGGAGAUGGAAAUGUCAGCCAGCGAGGAGGGAAAAGAAAAGAGGGAGAGCGAUGGGAGGGAUAAUAACGGGGAUAAGGAAGGAAAUAGAGGAAAGAAGUAGAAGUGAAGAGGAAGUAGAAGGGAUACAGCAGAGAGAGGUUGUUGUAGAUGAGGAGAGGUGGAGAAUUGUUACAUUAUAUAACAAAGAGGGAAGUAAGGAAGAAUUAGAUAGAUUAAAAGAGAUGAUAGGAGAGAGGGAAGAAGAAAAUAUGAUAAUAGUAGGAGACUUUAAUGCAAGAAUUGGUAAGGAAGGGGGUUUUUGUGACCAAAAUGGCGAAGAAAAAGGAGAAAAUGGCAAAGAACGGAGGUCGAAAGAUGGAGUGUUAAAUAAACAAGGGUGUGAGCUGGUGAAGGUAGUGGGAGAAAGAGGUUGGUUGAUACUGAAUGGGUGGAAAAAAGGGGAUGAAGAAGGAGAGUGGACGUUUGAAAAAGCGGGAGGGAAAUCAGUGAUAGAUUAUGGAAUUGUAAAUUUGGAGGCAGAAGAGAAAAUUAGAUGUUUUGAAAUAGGGUGCAGGGCAGAAUCAGAUCACCAGCCAAUAAUGAUAGAGUUAGGAAAGGAAUAUACAAGGCAGGAGAAGGAAAAAGAGAGCGAGGCAGAGAUGAUACAGGAUUGGUCAGAGGAGGGCAUAGAAAUAUUUAGGAAAAAUAUAGAGGACGUAGAGUGGGAAAAAGGAGAGGGGGAAGGACGAUGGGAAGAAAUGGAAGAAGUAAUGAAAAGAGCACCUAAAAUGAAGAGGAGAGGGGGAAGGAAAGAGGUAGGAUGGGUACCAUGGUGGGAUAGAGAGUGUAGGGAGAAAAAGAGAGAGGUUAAUAGGGCGGGGAGAAGAUAUAGGAGAAGGAAGACGGGAUAUGAGGAGUUUGUGAAAAAGAGAAGGGAAUAUAGAGAUAUAUGUGAAAAGAAAGAAGUAGAGCAUAAGAAGCUUGAGGAGAGAGAGAUAGAAAAGAUAACAACAGAAGCACAGGCAUGGGAAUUUAUAAAUAGGAGAAGGAAGAAAAAGGAGGGAAUAAGUAAGGAAAUUAAAAGGACGGAGUGGGUAGAGUAUUUUAAGACAGCAUUAGAGGGAGUUGACGAGAAAACGGUAGAAAAAGGAGAAAGACUGAAUGAAGUUAGAAAAGACGAAGGGAUAAGUCGAGAGGAAAUAAGAUUAGAAAUAAAAAGAUUAAAGAAGGGUAAGGCGGCAGGGAUUGAUGGGAUAAGAAAUGAAGCAUGGAUGAUGGGGGGAGGUAAAGUAAGGGUAAAGUUAGAGGAAAUUUAUAGAAAGAUUUGGGAAGGAGAGGGAUUCCCAGAAAAAUGGAGAAUAGGAGUGGUAGUUCCGAAAAAAGGGGAUAAAAAUGUGGUAGGGAAUUACAGGGGUGUCACGCUUACAAGCACUGCGUAUAAGAUAUAUGCGAACAUUCUAAAUAAAAAGUUGGUGAAAGAGCUAGACGAGAAAGGAGGAUGGGGCAGAACGCAGGCAGGAUUUAGAAAAGGAAGAGGAACAAUAGAAAACAUAAAAAUCUUAAAACACCUAGUAGGAAGAAGACUAAAGGAGAAGAAGAAGGUGUGGGCAUUUUUUAUGGACCUAAAAGGAGCGUUUGAUAAAAUAGAUAGGAAGGUAUUAUGGGAAAUGACGAGGAGAAGGGAGGAGGAAUUAAGAAAAGGAAUAGGAGGAAUAAGAGUGGGAGGCGAUAAGGUGUGGUCGCUAGAAUAUGCCGACGACAUUGUGGUAGUGGCGGAGGAAGAAGUAGGCUUAAGGGCGAUGAUAAGAGGGAUACAAAGGUAUUUAAAAGAGAAGAAACUAGAGCUGAGCCCUGAAAAGUCGAAAGUUAUGGUGUUUAGAAAGAAAGGGGGAAGGGAGAAAGAAAGGUACUGGUGGUGGGGAAAGGAAAGACUAGAGGAGGUAAAGGAAUAUAAAUAUCUAGGAUAUUGGGUGUCAAGAUACGGAGGGGAAAUGGAACACGUGAGAGAUAGAAUUAGAAAAGCGAGGGUGGCUAUGGGAUGGGUGUGGAGUUACGGGGAGAGAAAGUUCAAGGGGGACGCGUAA